CUGCCGCUGCCUCCCGGGCGCUCUCGGCCGAGCGGCGCGGCGGCUACGGGCUGCGGACUGCGGUGCGGUCAGCCGAGCCCGGCCCGCCGGCUAGCGAACCCGCGCGUCCCGGGCAUCCGUCGGGUGCUGGAGACGCCUCCUGCAAGUAGUCCCCGGGGCGGCCGCGCUCCCGUGUUGUCCGCUGCGGCUGCGGGACCGGGACGUGCGGAGCCGUGAGGCCGAGCCGGGGCGCCCCCCUGCGGUCAGCGCGGGCCUCAUGGCUGGGCCGAGCGGAGCGGAACCGGCGAAGUGAAGCCCCCGGGCGGGCAGCCGCAGCGCGUGGCGGGGGCGCCGGCUCCAUGGGCAGCGGCGCACAGCGGCACGAUGAUGGACGUUAAUAGCAGCGGCCGCCCGGACCUCUACGGGCACCUCCGCUCUUUCUUCCUGCCGGAGGUGGGGCACGGGCUGCCCGACCUGAGCCCCGACGGCGCCGGCCCGGUCGCGGGCUCCUGGGCGCCUCACCUGCUGCAGGGGGUCGUGGAGGUGACGGCUAGCCCCGGGCCCACCCGGGACGCGCCGCGGGACAAUACCUCCGGCUGCUGGGAGCAGAUCAACUACGGCAGAGCCGAGAAAGUUGUGAUCGGCUCCAUCCUGACGCUCAUCACGCUGCUGACGAUCGCCGGCAACUGCUUGGUGGUGAUUUCGGUGUGCUUCGUCAAAAAGCUCCGGCAGCCCUCCAACUACCUGAUCGUGUCCCUGGCGCUGGCCGACCUUUCGGUGGCCGUGGCGGUCAUGCCCUUCGUCAGCGUCACCGACCUUAUUGGGGGCAAGUGGAUCUUUGGCCAUUUCUUCUGUAACGUCUUUAUCGCCAUGGACGUCAUGUGCUGCACGGCCUCGAUCAUGACCCUGUGCGUGAUCAGCAUCGACAGGUACCUUGGUAUCACGAGGCCGCUGACGUACCCUGUGAGGCAGAACGGGAAGUGCAUGGCCAAGAUGAUCCUCUCCGUCUGGCUUCUGUCCGCCUCCAUCACUUUACCGCCGCUCUUCGGCUGGGCUCAGAACGUCAACGAUGGCAAGGUGUGCUUGAUCAGCCAGGACUUCGGCUACACGAUUUACUCCACCGCAGUGGCAUUUUAUAUCCCCAUGUCUGUCAUGCUUUUCAUGUACUACCAGAUUUACAAAGCCGCCAGGAAGAGCGCCGCCAAACACAAGUUCCCUGGCUUCCCCCGGCCGGAGGAGCCCGACAGCGUCAUCUCCCUUAAUGGCAUGGUGAAGCUCCAGAAGGAGGUAGAGGAGUGUGCAAACCUUUCGAGACUCCUCAAACACGAAAGGAAAAACAUCUCCAUCUUUAAGAGGGAGCAGAAAGCAGCCACCACGCUGGGCAUCAUCGUCGGGGCCUUCACCAUGUGCUGGCUGCCGUUUUUCCUCCUCUCGACCGCCAGGCCCUUCAUCUGCGGCAUCGCCUGCAGCUGCAUCCCGCUGUGGGUGGAGAGGACAUGUCUGUGGCUGGGCUAUGCAAACUCUCUCAUUAACCCCUUUAUAUAUGCCUUCUUCAACCGGGACCUGAGGACCACCUACCGCAGCCUGCUCCAAUGCCAGUACCGGAAUAUCAACCGGAAACUCUCGGCCGCAGGCAUGCAUGAGGCCCUGAAGCUCGCCGAGAGGCCCGAGAGACCUGAGCUUCUGCUACAAAACUCUGACUACUGUAGAAAAAAAAGUCAUGAUUCAUGAUCAAAAGCAGAAUAAUGGAGAUGAAAUAAACAAGGCAAGACAGAGGUGGAAACAGAAUGCAAUCAUUUGCCGAGACUUCGGAAUGGAAUGCGGCGUCUGUCCUUUCUUGGGAUGGCUAAGACAUGACCAGCAAAGUAUAUCCACUGUUCAGAGUGUAUCGUGAGAGGGAUGGUGACCUCUCCUUGUUUUCUGUGGAUCCGUGCUGUUGUGUGCACGUGAAAAUGGCCUGAUCAGCUCAGCUGUAAGCGCACACACAGAACUGAGUUCCAGAAAGAACACAGUUUCUGGUGCUUUGCUUCUGUUCAAGUCUGUGCAAGUGAAGAAGUUCCCGUGCACACUUCUCAUGCUGUUGAGUCUAGGCCUUGUGGUGAAUAUUCAGGAAUCAUUCAUGAGACAGAUGUAUUUUGCUGUGGGACAGAGGGUGUUUUCCUCAGCCCACUGCGGUAAGCCUAGUGAUGAAUACACUGCAUGUCCACAUUAGAAAACAGAACCCUGUCAUCAGCCACUACAAAUGAUCUCCCAGAGCAGUGUCUGUUCAAAGCUUCUGUCAAACAGUUUGGCUUUUUUGCAGGGUCCCUGUGAUGUCCCCACCAGCUUCCUUUCUUUGUUAACUCGCUUCUCGUUCUGGAGUAACUCAGGAACAGAGCUCAGGAUGGAGAGAAUCUUAAAACCUGAAUAAAGCUUUUUUUUUUUUUUUUUUUUUUUAAUCACACUCACUCUUCUCCUGGGGGCUCCUGAGAAGGGAGGGGCAUUCCUCCUGUGAGGAGUUUUCCCUGGAUGGAGAGCGAGGGCUGCCUCCCUGCCCCGGACAUGAACACGAUGGUUGGCACAGAACUUGUGACUGUCCUUUACACCUCGGUGCUGUGGGCCUGCGGGCUGGCUCCUAACUCUGAGGUUUGGGGGAGAAAGGAUGGUAACAAUGGGGUUUCCACGCAAGGCCGUGAUGCUUUUGGAGAUGGAGCGUCCUUGUGCUAAUUCUCAUUGAGCAGCGUUGUAUGUGUGCCCCGGCGGUCCCCUGGGGCAGUGCUGGGAAGCCUCUGUAGUACCAUUCUGUUCCUUCUAGAGGGUUGGUAUUUGUGUUCUCUGUAUCUGAAAUCACAUGUGUGCCUGGUCAAUUCUGUUCUCGUCCCCUGUCCUUCCCCAAAGUGGUAGAUAUUCAGGGCAGGUCAGGACAUGGAAAAGUUCCCUUUGUACUUGGUAUUUUUUUUUUAAUGGUUCUAUGUAAUAUUAUGAGUUAGGGAGACAGAAAGUAGAUCAGAGAAGAGUACCUCUAAGGGGACGAAAUGAAUGCAAACCUUCAUUUGACAAGAGAGAAUGGAAAGUGACUAUUAUUUUCCUGCAAUAUGUGUAGCUGUUUUCUCACAGGAUAAUGUGGAAUUCCAGCAUGGAUGGCAGAUUUCUUCCAACUUUCACUGACUUCGCUUCUUAUCACACACAAGGAAGGGUCUGCCUCUUUGAAAGGGGAGGUGGGCACUGUCCUUUCCGAUAAAGCUUGUACCAAUUCCUGAACCGCGGAUUUGCUGAAGUAACUGUAUAUACUUAUAUCCAUAAUUUAACUGAUUCGUUCUGGUCAGGUAAAUGUUGUUAAAUUUGAAAAUGUUUUAUUACAUUACAUCAAAUAAAGUUUAUUUGUAGCUGUAAUAAAGCAACUUAAAUAAUGACUUUUAAUUGAUGGUCUAAUGUUACGAAUGUCACUCUACGUAGACUAACACAAUGGCAGACUUUAUGUAUUUGCUGCAAUCCUAACAGGUAGCUAAGGUAGUUCUGUAAUUAAUUGCAUCCAUUUUGUAACUUUUUAAAAAUAGUGACCGUUCAUUCCUUGAUUUGAUUAAUAAGCAUUUGUUGGGCUCCUGCUGCAUUCAGCACUGGGGACAUUGAGGGAACCAGGAUGGUAAAGCAAGUCCUUACUUGUGAGGAAUUUACAUCAGAAGGCAGACUUUUGUCAGCUUGUCACCAUGUAGUAUAGUAAGCACAAUAGAGAUUUUUAAGGAGUGACGUGUUUCUUUCCUGUAGUGUAAGUCAGGGCCUUAUGGUUAAUUGGAUUGAUUCAGGUUUUCAUAGGUGUUUAAUUUUUGUUAUUAGGACCUUAGUUAUUAACAUUGGUUCUUUGUCCUGCCUGACUUGAACUCUUUGCCUCACCCUGGUUACAGCGGCUCGUCCCUGGAUACUGUACUCCAUGCCUAGCAGCCAAAGGAAAAGAAAAAGAAGCUGGGAGAGAAUGAGAAAAAAUGUCAAACAAUUUAUACUAGUUCACCUAUGACGUAAUUUGUACCAAAGGGACAGCUUUUAACUAAGAAUUGGGAAAAUCACUUAAAAAUUUUAUAUGUAUUUUUGGACGAUUCAGCAACCAUGACUAUUAUAACUAAUCUCUCUUCUGACUCUAGGGUAUCAGUUAUUUUCUGGUAAGACCAAAUAUUGGGAAAUGAUAACUUGAGAAGUGGCAUACUUGUAAGAAGUGACUUAGUGACUGUUGCCUUAGUGUUUAAUUUUAUUUUGUACAUGUUAAACAGGGGGCACUCAUAGAACCUAGGUUUUCUGGAAACUGUUUCAUAAAUUCUUAAAGCAUUUACCAUGGUGUCACAUGCCUGAGAUGCCUGUAAAUGUUUUUGAUGAUCAUAUUUUCAUGUAAUUUUAUUAGAUUCAUCGAUUAUAGACAUUACCUCAGCAAGACAAAUAGAAAAUUCAGGCAAUUUUUCAAAUAGUUUAUGCUAUUGUGGUAAUAAUAGGUUUUCCUGGUGGCUCAGUGGCAAAGAGCCUGCCUACCAAUGUAACAGACGCACGUUCAAUCUCUGCGGGAGACGCAGGUUUGACCCCUGGUUGGGAACAUCCUCUGGAAAAGGAAAUGGCAACCCACGUUGGUAUUCUUGCCUGAAGAAUUUCAUGGACAGCCAACUACAGAGAACUACAGCAGGCUACAGACCAUGGGGUCGCAAGAGAGUCUGACAUGACUUAGUGACUAAACAACAAUAACAACAAAUAUAAUAAUGUCUGAAUGGCAUCUGGGGAUGAUGAGAAUUUUCCUUUUAGUGUUUCAAUUGUCCUGUGAGUUCUCAAUUCAAUGGAUAGAAAUGUUUACAAUUCUAUUGAAUUUUUAAAAACAGUCCAUGCUCCUCCCUAUCUGAGUAUCUUCACACAUGUUUUCCUCCUCUGCCUGGAAUUUUUUUUUUCUGUUCUCAAUUAUUGAUUCUAUGUAUGUUUUCUCAUUGUUUAGUAAUUCUUCAAGGGCAUGAACCGUGUCUUUUUUUUUUUUUUUAACCAAUAUUCCCAGCACCAAGCACCAUGCUUGGAACUUGUAUAGAAGGCAAAAAAUAUUUCUUUUUUUA